CGCUGAACUCUCUCGGCCACCGUAGGGAAUCAUCCCUUUCAUUUCACUGUCUGUUGGUCCCUCCGCGAGUCAUUAAAGCUUUCGGACGCAGCCGCAGCAUUUAAUCUAAUGAAGAGAGAAAUUAAUGUCCAGUGAAGCUGAUUGAUUCUACAUCAAUCCCAGAUUCACCAAUUCAAAUACAUGCUGGAAUAUUCCCAUCAGUUUACAAGAGCAGACAAGCAUCAAAUCAUUGGGUAAAUCUGAAAUCUGCAAAGACUUUGUUUAUUAAAGAGGACAGAGAGAAGAUGAGAGAUCCAGAACCCUGCAGCAUCAAACACACUGAAGAACAACCAGAGUUGGUUGAAGAAAAUGAAGAGAAUGAAGAACUGAGUGAAGUUGAUGAGAAAAAUAAUGUAAAAACUGGAGAAAAACUUUUGAGUUGCUCUCAAACCAAAAAGAAAAAUUUAGGAGCCAAGAAAUCUUUUACCUGUCCUCAGUGUGGAAAGAGUUUUGCAUACAAACAUAGUCUUAAUGUUCACAUCAGAGUUCAUACUGGUGAGAAACCGUUCACUUGCGAUCAGUGUGGGAAGAGUUUCACUCAAUCAGCAAACUUUAAGGCGCACAUGAACAGCCACACUGGAGAAAAACCGUACAAGUGUUCACAAUGCGACAAGAGAUUCAGCCGGUUAAAAAACUUGAGAAAACACGAGGUAGUCCACACUGGAAAUAAACCGUACACAUGUGAUCAGUGCGGAAAGAGUUUUGCACGAAAAGAACACUUUACGCAACAUAUGAGGGUUCAUACUGGAGAGAAGCCGUUCACUUGUGCUCAAUGUGGGAAGAGUUUUGCACACUCAGCACAACUUAAGGUACACAUGAACAUCCACACUGGAGAGAAACCGUACAUAUGUGAUCAAUGUGGCAAAACGUUUUUGUGGGCUUCAGCCCUGAAGAAACACCUGAGAGUUCAUACAAAGGAGAAACCAUAUUCAUGUUAUUUCUGUGGAAGGAGAUUUUCAUGUCUAGAAAAUGUAAAAAAACAUCAGAAAAUACAUACUGGUGCGAGAGAUCAUGUGUGCUUUGAGUGUGGGAGGACUUUUACUUUAGCUGAUCAUUUAAAACGGCAUUGGAGAACUCACACUGGAGAAAAACCAUAUAAGUGUUCAUUCUGUGACAAGAGAUUCAGUGAUUCUAAAAUCCUGAAAAAACACGAGAGGAUUCACACUGGAGAGAAACCGUACAAGUGUUCACAUUGUGACAAGAGAUUCAGUGCUUCAGGAGACCUAAAAAGACACGAGAGGAUCCACACUGGAGAGAAACCGUACAAGUGUUUAUACUGUGACAAAAGAUUUAGUCAGUCAGGGAGCCUGAAGACACACAAGAUAAUCCACACUGGAGAGAAACCGUAUCAAUGCACUGAAUGUGGGAAGUAUUUUAAUCAUUCAUCUUCUCUUCGCAGUCAUAUAAAAAACAUUCACAAUAAGUAGAUCAUCUUCAGAUCCAGCACUUUCAGGUCUGAUGCUGCGUCCUCAACAAAUGAGAAAAAACAAUGCAUCAAGCUCUAAAAUAUAAUCUGCACAAAAAAACAGAUCCCCAAAAAACAAUGUCAGAAAGUUUUAUUUUUGUAUAUCAUUUUGCUUCAUGAUAUGUGAUAUCAUUGUGCUUUAUAUAAUGUUCUGUUGUCAUGACUGAUCAUCAGACAGUAAAAGAAAAUGAGAAACUUCACUCUGCUUUUGUCUGAAUGACUUUA